CGCAGUCUCUGUAUUUCUGUUUCAUCCAUUUCUCGGGCUCCGUCUGAGAUCUUCCCCUGCCCGCCCCCCUUUCUCUACAUGGUGCUAAUGUGCCAGGUAUUGGGGUCAGACGCAUUUCCAGGCAUCUGGGUCCCCGCAGACCUAAGCCCAGGCUCUGACUCCUCUCUAGUCCCUAGGGAGAGGGUUGUUCCAUUCACUCGGCUUUCUCCGGAUCGGGCAAGGUCUAUAAGGUCGAGUCCCUAUCUGUCAUUUGAAAACCCUGUGGGCUGGGAGAGUGGGAACUCCGAGGGUCCUUUCAAGCCCCGUGCCUGACGAUUUCUGUGACCUCUUCUCCGAGGCAGUCCCCAGGUUUCCCAGAGUCUCUGGGUCUAGACUCCGGGUGACAUUAGCGCUUCCGCCCGGUCGAAGCAGCUCUAAGGCAACCGCGCCCUCAGCAAACACCCCCCUUCCACCGCCGCUGCCCCAGCAACACUUGGGGGCGGGCCUGGGGAUCACGUGUCGGAUCUCGGCCUCGCCCCCUCGCCCCCACCCCUCCCUUCCGUCGUCACUCGUGGGAGCGGAGUGGGGGGCGCUGCCUCCCAGUCUGCAAGUAUGAGUCCCAGAGCCGAUGGCGCUGGGGCCGGAGGGGAGGGCGGAGGCUCCUGACUCUACCCCCUGACCCUGCAGGCCCCUGACUGCCCCUACGUGAUCAGACCCUUGGUCCCCCUCUCCCCCCAUGCCCCACCGUCCUCACGAUGCUGAACGGUCCGCCUUGGCACCUGCUUCUACCGCUACUCUGGUCGUGGGGGCCGCUGCUCCGGAGGGCGGAGACAGGCUCUGUGGGGCAGACGGCGGGGGAGCUGUACCAGCGCUGGGAACGGUACCGUAGAGAGUGCCAGGAGACGCUGGAGGCCGUGGACCCCCCAGCAGGCCUCGCCUGUAACGGGUCCUUCGAUAUGUACGUCUGCUGGGACUACGCUGCACCCAACGCCACCGCCCGUGCGUCCUGCCCCUGGUACCUGCCCUGGCACAGCCACGUGGCUACAGGCUUUGUCCUCCGCCAUUGUGGCAGUGAUGGCCAAUGGGGACCUUGGAGGGACCAUUCUCAGUGUGAGGACCCAGAGAAGAAUGGAGCCUUUCAGGAUCAACGGCUGAUUUUGGAGCGGCUGCAGGUCAUGUACACCGUGGGCUACUCCGUGUCCCUGGCCACACUGCUGCUGGCCCUGCUCAUCUUGAGUUUCUUCAGGCGGUUGCGCUGCACUCGAAACUACAUCCACAUCAACCUGUUCACGUCUUUCAUGCUGCGGGCGGCGGCCAUCCUCACUCGAGACCGUUUGCUACCUCCUCCUGGCCCCUACCCUGGGGAUCAAGCCCCUGUCCUGUGGAAACCGGCCCUAGCUGCCUGCCGCACGGCCCAGAUCGUGACCCAGUACUGCGUGGGCGCCAACUACACGUGGCUGCUGGUGGAGGGGGUCUACCUACACAGUCUCCUGGUGCUUGUGGGAGGUCCCGAGGGGGGCCACUUCCGCUGCUACGUGUUCCUCGGCUGGGGGGCCCCCGCGCUUUUCGUCAUUCCCUGGGUGAUCGUCAGGUACCUGUACGAGAACACGCAGUGCUGGGAGCGGAACGAAGUCAAGGCCAUUUGGUGGAUCAUACGCACCCCUAUCCUCGUGACUAUCGCGAUUAAUUUUCUCAUCUUUAUUCGCAUCCUUGGCAUCCUCGUGUCCAAACUGAGGACGCGACAGAUGCGCUGCCCGGACUACCGGCUGAGGCUGGCUCGCUCCACGCUGACGCUGGUGCCCCUGCUGGGCGUCCACGAGGUGGUGUUUGCUCCCGUGACAGAGGAACAGGCCCGGGGUGCCCUGCGCUUCGCCAAGCUCGGCUUUGAGAUCUUCCUCAGCUCGUUCCAGGGCUUCCUCGUCGGCGUGGUCUACUGCUUUAUCAACAAGGAGGUGCAGGCGGAGAUCCGCCGCUGCUGGCAUCGCUGUCGCCUGCGCCACAGCCUCGGUGAGGAGCGGCGCCAGCCACCGGAGCGCGCCUCCAGGACCCCGCCGACCCCGCCGUCGGGCUCAGGCCCCCGCCCGGUCGCCACUGACCGGACCCCGUCCUUGGGGACCCUCCCAGGGCCUGGGAAUGAGGCCAGCCGGGGCUUGGAAAGUCACUGCUAGGCAGCGGUCCAUUCGAGUUAGCACGUAUUUAUUGAGCGCCUGCUGUGUACCAGGUCCAGUGUGCAGGGCACUGGGGAAAUUGGGGUGGGGGUGGGAGGGGGGAAACAGAAGAAAAGGUCCCUGUUGCAGCUCACCAAUGAGUGGGGGAAACAGCAAAGACAGAAAGAACAUCAAGUGACACAUUCAUUGUGGAAUGGCCCAUGAAGAAAAAUGAAAAGGGAGCCUAAGGUGAGCCAGGAGGAUCUCUGUCUCUGAGGUGACACUUAGGCCAUACCUGCAAGAGGUGAAGGAGACCACUUUGGGAAGAAAAUUCUAGGCAGAAGCAACAGCAUCUGCAAAGGCCUCGAGGCAGGAAAGAGCUUGGGGGACAGGUGGCCUGCGUGGCUGGAGUGAGAUGAGUCAGCGCCCAACCGAUGGGGAGAGAGAAGUGGGCAAGAUCUGGAGUUUUCUUCCAGGGGCAUUGAAGAUUCCUAGCAGGAGUGUCUCAUGGGCUAAUUUUUUUUUUUUUUUAAUGUUUGUUUUGAAAGAGUGAGAGAGAGAGAGAGAGAGAGAGAAAGAAUCCCAAGCAGGGUCCUCGCUAUCAGCGUUGAGCCCCACGCAGGGGAUCCCAAGAACCAUGAGAUCGUGACCUGAGCCGAAAUCAAGAGUCGGAUGCUUAACCGACUGAGCCACCCAGGCACCCCUGAUGGGCUAAUGUUUUAAGCAGAUCCUCUGUCCGCCAUGUGAGGGAACCGAUUAUUAGGGGCAGGAGUGGCCACUGCAGAGGGGGGUGAAGUGGUCAGACUCCGGCGCUAUUUUAAAGGCAGAACUGAGGACUUGGUAAUGUGUGGCACGCAGGACGUGCAGCCGGAAGUCCAGGAAGACUCCUAAGUUUUGGAUGGUGGAGAGGAAAGAGAUAGGGAGAUGGGGAGUUCAGGGUGGGGAGAAUCAAGAGUGCCUUUUGGUCACGUCAGGCUGGGAAAAAGGACCUGGGGCUCACAGGAGGGGAGAUAGAAAUACAAACGGGGGUAGAAUGCUGGGCCAGAAGGGACCUGGCCUGUAGGCUAAAUAUGGGCCAUUAAAGGCAGGCCUCGGAGCCGAACCCAGGACCACUGUCGGCUGGGGGUGCGGACGCACAUCCCCACCCUCCUGGGCGGCCCCUGGGAACUGGGAGAAUUAGGGGGAAGCCGACAGCCUGUGUCCGGACCACCUGUACCCACACUAGACUCUCACUCCUAAAUCCGCCCCUGGCUCACAUCUGCGCUUAGAUUCAGUUAGUAGCUGGGUGUUUGCCUUGGGGUCCGCAGCCCCCUGGACAGAUGUGCCCCGUUGCUGCCGGAGUCCUUCAAGCAUGUGGUCCCGCUGGGACCCCCUCGUGGGCGUUGGGGGGUGCUCUGAAGCAGGGACCUUGUAAAUAAAGCAUGAGAAAUGAGGCUGGCUGUGUGGCCGGGUAACUUCUGGAGGGUAGCACUGCUCUUCAGCCACGUGCUGCCACGAGAACACAGACGCUAUGCUGCCACCGUCCCCCAUGCCUAGGAGAAACUCCUACUGGGAAUGUUCUGUGAUCUCCCGAUACGCAACUCUCUGCCGUGUGUACAAUUAAAAUUGCGUGUGUGUGCCAAACA